AUGACGCUGUCGAUGAAAGCCACGUGUAAUUCCCACGGCCAAGAUUCCUCCUACUUCCUGGGAUGGCAGGAAUACGAGAAGAACCCAUACCACGAAGUUCGAAAUCCCAAUGGAAUUAUUCAGAUGGGCCUUGCCGAGAAUCAGCUGUCAUUUGACCUGCUCGAGUCGUGGUUGGCGGAAAAUCCGGACGCUGCUGGAUUCAAGAGAGAUGGAGAGUCCAUUUUCAGAGAGCUGGCUCUCUUUCAAGAUUACCAUGGACUUCCCGCUUUCAAGAAUGCACUAGCGCAGUUCAUGUCCGAAAUCCGAGGCAACAAAGUCAACUUUGACCCAAAAAAUCUCGUCCUCACCGCCGGCGCCACGUCAGCCAACGAAACCCUCAUGUUCUGCCUCGCCGACCCCGGCGACGCCUUCCUCGUACCCACACCCUACUAUCCCGGGUUUGACCGUGACCUCAAGUGGCGAACCGGCAUCAACAUCGUCCCUAUCCAAUGCAACAGCUCCAACAACUUCCGAAUCACGGGCCCCGCCCUCGACCAAGCCUACCGCCAGGCUGGAAAACAAAACCUCUCGGUAAAGGGCAUUUUGGUAACUAACCCUUCAAACCCUCUCGGCACAACCCUUACCCGCCAAGAACUUGAGCUCCUCCUCGACUUUGCCCACUCAAAUCACAUCCACCUCGUCAGCGACGAGAUCUACUCCGGAACCGUCUUCGGCUCCCCAUCCUUUGUCAGCGCCAUCGAGAUCCUAUCCGAAGAAAAUUACCAAAAUACCCCCCUCUGGAAACGCGUCCACGUCGUGUACAGCCUGUCGAAGGACCUGGGCCUCCCGGGCUUCCGGGUCGGGUCCAUCUACUCGAACGACCCGCUCGUCGUGUCGGCCGCCACGAAAAUGUCGAGCUUCGGCCUCGUCUCGUCCCAGACGCAGUAUCUUCUCUCGGUGAUGCUUUCGGACGAGAAGUUUGUGAAAUCGUACAUUGUCGAGAAUAAGAGGCGGCUUGAGAAAAGGCGGGAAAUGCUCGUUCGCGGGCUCGGGAGUAUUGGGGUGCCGUGUCUCGAGAGUAACGCGGGGCUCUUUUGUUGGGUGGACAUGAGGCGUUUGUUGGGGUCAAAGACGUUUGAAGCUGAGAUGGAGCUGUGGAGGAAGAUCGUUUAUGAGGUGGGGCUGAAUGUUUCGCCCGGGUCGUCGUGCCACUGUGUGGAGCCGGGAUGGUUUCGCGUGUGUUUUGCGAACGUGUCGGAGGAUGGGUUGGGAGUGGCGGUGGGGCGGCUGAGGGGGUUUGUGGGGCGGACAGGUGGCGGGCGUGGGGUCAACGGGGGUUUUUCGAGGAGGAUUGAGUAG